UGCGCGCGGCGUGCGCCGUCACCAUGGUAACCGCGGAAGGCUGGUCCCGGGGAGCGGUAUUUUUGGAAUUAAUGGAGUCAGAAGGACCCCCAGAGUCAGAGAGUUCAGAAAAAUCAAUAUUUUUCUCACAGCAAGAAGAAGAGGAAGAAGAAGUUGAUGAAGAAGAAGAUGAAGAAGCCAAGGAACCAGAGGAAGCUGGCACCGUUAAUCCCCUCUUACAACCUGCGCUCACAGGGGAUGUAGAAGGUUUGCAGAAGAUUUUUGAGGAUCCUGAGAACCCUCACCAUGAACAGGCCAUGCAGCUGCUCUUGCAGGAAGACAUCGUUGGAAGAAAUUUGUUGUAUGCAGCUUGCAUGGCUGGGCAAAGUGAUGUGAUUAGAGCUUUGGCAAAAUAUGGUGUGAAUCUGAAUGAAAAAACCGCCAGAGGUUACACACUUUUACACUGUGCCGCAGCCUGGGGUCGUUUGGAAACAUUGAAAGUGCUGGUGGAACUGGGUGUUGACAUAGAAGCUCUGAACUUCCGGGAGGAAAGAGCUCGAGAUGUUGCUGCUCGGUACUCCCAGACUGAGUGUGUUGAAUUCCUGAACUGGGCAGAGGCAAGGCUGGAGUUGAAAAAAUAUAUUGCAAAGGUCUCUGCAACUGUUACAGACACAGAAAAGGGACCAGGGAAGCUCUUUAAGGAAGACAAGAAUACUGUCCUCAAUGCAUGCCGUGUGAAAAAUGAGUGGUUGGAAACCCACCUGGAAGCUUCCAUUAAGGAGGUUUUUGAGCAGAAACAGCAACUGGAGGAUAUUGUGACUCCUAUCUUCACAAAAAUGGCUACACCACGUCAAGGGAGAAGUGCCAAAUCUAUAUUCUAAGCCAUGGUCAGAAAAGAAGUCAAGAUCAUACCUUCUACUGAACAUAUAUUUUAUAAAAGACCACAUUUUUCUUCUAUUAUUUUUAAAGGCAAACCUAUUCAUGCCGACAAAAGUUAAUAAAACAGAUGUGGGGUUUUAUAAAAGUGUUUUAAAUAUGAAAUUAAAUCACCCUUGUUUUGUUUUACUGCAUUCAGCAUGCUUAUGUCUAGACUCUCUGGCCUUGCCUCUGCUCUCACAAAUCAGUUUCAGGUCAGUUCCAGUGCUCCUUCCAGAGAGCACUUGGGUCUGAAUCACUCACAAAGACCAUGUGGAUGCUCUAAGAGCCACUUAGGGAAUCUAACAAUUUUCUGUGUAAUUGAGGAAGGAAAUUUCUAUUCACCUGAGGAAUUCUAUUUAAAAAAAAAAAAGACAUAUUGACUAUUUCCAGAAGAAAAAUUUGUUCUCCUUCUCUCAAAAGGAACGCUAUGGGCUGACACCCUGGAGCAGGGAAAUAUUGAGAGUGGUUUGGUCAGGUCUUCUGCUUAUACAACUGUUAAUCCCUAUGUCCAAUUAAAAUUCACUUUUAAAAUGGGAUAUAGUCUCUUAGUAAAUCUUUUUUUUUUAAUCUUUAACCUUCUUCUGUCUUUAAAUUAAUAAACACAUAUCCACGUAGUUUUAUGUUUAGAUUUCCCCCAUGCUCUAGGUUUGCUUGUGUAGUUAUUAUGACUGGCUCUAUGUCAUUUUUCCUUCUGCUUUAUAGCUCCUGGAUUUUCAAUAUCAUUGUUGGUUUCACAUUGGUGAUUUGGAAUGUCCUUUUUAUCUAGUUUCUCUAGAGAUUCCCUGAACCUUCUACUACUCUGUGACUUUCUGAGAAAGUUUUAUAGAAAGAAAACGCUUCUCUUCUUUGUCCCACCCUGAAAGCUAGUUUUUCAUUCUAGAGGGGAAGGAAAAGACAUGAGCGAUUCAGUCAUUCCUUGUCAGUUGACGUUUUCUCAACCAUGGUUUUGAGGUAGCACUGUUCUGAACUUGUCUCACAAAGUUUAAAGUUUUGAGAUCUUUUUUUUUUUUCUAAUCUAUUAGCAAUUCAGUUUCAGUUUCCUGAAGCAGAAGAACAGAGCAAUAACCGUCACUCCCCUCUCUGGUAAAUCCAGUGGGUGUCUGUGGAGCAGUGCAGAGGAAGAGACCUGCAUUUGCUCCAUUCUCUUAAUGUUGUAUGUUGUGAGAAGUCCACUGUCUUUAAGUGCUGCAAUAAUUAGGGACAAGGCCAGGUGCUGUUUUUGUUGUUUCUACUGUAAUUCUGCAUUUUCUGAGCCUUGAUCUUGAAGGUGACAUUGCUUUCCAGGCAUGUGGUCCUGGUGAUUAAUUAGGGAAGGAGUUCUGAAUCUCACUUCAGAGAUUCCUAGGUAAGACGAAGGCACUUCUGGAGAUUCCAAGUAGAAAAUAAACCUCUCUCCCUGUUAUUCAUGGUUAAGUCUUUUUUUUCUUAAACUUUGUGCAGCUUUUGGUAUAUUUGCUAAUGCUGCCUUCUUGAAACUCGUAUUGGUACUUUUAUGUCAUCAUGGUUCCUUGACUUUCUUACAAGCUAUUUUUCUAACUCUUUCCAUCAGCUGCUAUGAAUAUGUUUGUGUCACCCCACCCCCACCCCACACCCCCAAAUUCGUAUUUUGAAGCCUAAUGCCCAGUGUGAGUGUAAUAGGAGGUGGAGCCUUUGCAGAUGAUUAGGUCAUGAGGGCUGCGCUCUCAGGAAUGGGAUUAGGCCCUGAGAAAAGGGGCCCUAGAUAGUCCCCUUGCUCCUCCCACCAUAGGAGGGCACAGCAAAAAGACAGCCAUCUAGGAGGCAGACGCUCACCAGACAGUGAAUCCACCGGCGCUAUGAUCAGGGACUUCCCAGCCUCCAGAACUGUAAGAAAUAGAUGUCUGUUGUUUGUAGAGUACUUGGUUUAUGGUGUUUUUGUUACAGCAACCUGAAUGGUCUAAGACACCAGCUGCUCCUUUUCAUCUUGCCUCCAGCUAUGGGAACUUUUCAGGAGUCAAUCCUGUCAUCUAAUUUUAUAUGUCAGUUGUAACUCAAUGAAGCUGAUUAAAAAGUCAGUCCUGACCCUUGGUGAAGCAAUCUGUAAUUCUGCGCCCCGUGACCUCUGUCCCCAGUGUCAGGAAGAACUUAGUCCCUCCUCCUUUGGGGCACCCGUAGGGUUAUCUGUAUUCUAGUUGGUCGUUCACGUGUUUGCCUCCCCAUGUGCACUAUGAGCUUUUUGAGGGUAGGGGCUUUGUCCUGUUUUCCUUCAUACCUAAAGAGCCUAUAACAUAGUUAAGUAAGCAAAUAAUAGUUGAGUGAAUUCUUUUUUGGUUCAACCAUAUUAAUAGAAUUCACUAGUUUUCAUUCAUUUGUGGAGCUUGUUCAUCUUCAUAAAAACAACUCCUGAAUUCUUAUCUCCAUAUUUUGCUUGUGCCGGUGCCCCAUUUCCACUCCUGCUCCUCCCGAAGACAAGCCACACGCACAUCCAGGAUUCUGAUUGUGUAUCUAGUUUCUUCUCUAAUCUUCUGUUUUCUAACCUUCAUCUUGAAUGCGGUAUUACGUUAUAGGCAUGUGAACCUGGUGAUUACCAAGGAAUUCCUAGAUCUCACUUCAAAGAUUUCAUUGAUGUGAGGGUCUGAAUAUACAUGCGUAUCUACAGAUCUAUUACUUUAGUAUGUUUUGAGAGAUCUUGUGACCUACUGUUGCAUUGAAUUGUAGGUGUAGUCACAGGAGUGUUAAAUGCCCUUAUGCUUUGAGUUGAGCUGUUAUACAGGUAGCUGCAUGACUUUUUCUGAGUAAUUCGUGGAGUAAAUAUUACUUCAGUGUGCAUACUAGUCAAUUAAAUCACAUCAUUUGAGAGGUAGUCAAGCAAAGACUACAUUAAGUGUUAUGAUAACUUCUAGACAGUGGUUCCUUAGGUUUUUGUAUUUCAUGGAUUGGAAGAAUGUAAAAAAAUAAAGGGAGGAGAUUGUUAUGACACCAUUAAGAAAACAACUAAUAUCUGCUACCACCAUCAUUUAAUGAAAUAAAAGACAAUUUAAUACCAGAAAAGAAGGGAAGAUAUGAGCUCAGUAUAAGGCUCUACCCUUUAAGUUGAAUAAUUAAGUUUUAUUAUAGACUUCUGUGUUUUUCAUUUUGCCAUAUAUGAUGGAGCUUCUGUCAUGAAUCACAGCUGACCUAAAGUCCAGCCUUUGGGAACUACUGCCCUAGACUAAGCCAAGGCCGGCAGACUGCCAUCUAGGUUAACACGAUGCCCCGAGUUGCAAACGGCUGACAGUCCGCCCAGUGUUUAGUCUAACAUGUGACAGAUUGUGUUUUCCAAGAUGGCCACGUCUCCCAUCCCAAAUGCUCUUCUCACAGUAGGGUCAUGACAUUCCUCACAUAGAGAGGUGGCUCUCUGUUCUCUCCUCUGGAACCUGGGCAGGCCUGUGACUACUGUGGAAGUAAUGCUAUGUGAUUUCCAUAGAUCAUAAGAGAUAAAAGUGAUAGUUUCCACCUAGUGCUCUUGAGAUGCUCGCUCUUGGAAACCAGCCUGUGGAGAGACCCCUGUGGAUGGGAACUGAGGCCUCAGAUCCUCGCCCUGCCUGGCUGGGCCCCAGCCCGCGGUUGUCAGUGAUGUGAGUCUCUUGGAAGCGGACCCUUCAGCCAAGCCACCCACAGCUGAUGCUGUGCGGGGCAGAGACACGCCUCUGUUGAGUCCUUCCAGAAUUGUAGAUUUCAGCCAAAUAAAUGACUCUUGUUGUUUUAAA